AUGGAUCCACGUGCAAUGCGCGUACUAUGGCGCGAGCUGCCUGCUGCAUGGGAAAUCCAGCGCACAAUAACAGCCACCGACCGUGUGCUUUUCUCCUCUAGAGCCCAAUUUCAGAAAAUCCAUGAUAUCAGUACAGUUAAUGAAUAUGUAAAAGAGGAGGAAGAAAGAUGGCUAUUCAACAAAGAAAAGUUUGCAUGGGCUAUCAAGCGAGGCGGACGAAGAUUUGUUGAACCAGAUGAAAAUCCUACAGCUGUCAGGUCAGUGGUUGGGUUUUGGUUAUUUCCUGCGGAAGCUUUGGGGGCUAUGGCUGGAGAUUUGUCUCGCACGAAGAAAACAUUUAACUUGUCGGGAUAUUGGCCGGAGUUAGCAUUAUCAUGUCUCGAUUAA